GGUCGCGCACGUGACGAGCGCUCCGUGCGAUGACCUCAUCCCUGGUGUGGGAUGACGUCAAAUUCAAGAUGGAUGGAAUCACGACGGCGGCAGGCGCACGCCGAUGACUGGGGGACUCCGGAGCGGACGAGCUGCACCCCGGUAUCCGCGGACUGACGAUCAAUCAUAACAAUGGAUGGACUUCUACAUUACAUAAAUCCAGCCCAUGCAAUCUCUAUGUUGAGCUCUUUAAAUGAGGAACGUCUGAAAGGUCAACUUUGCGAUGUUCUUCUGAUAGUUGGGGACCAGAAAUUUAGAGCACACAAAAAUGUGUUGGCUGCAAGCAGUGAAUAUUUCCACAGCUUGUUCAUGGAUAAAAACAAUGAGUCUCAGACGGUCUUUCAGCUGGACUUUUGCGAAGCAGAUGCGUUUGACAACGUCUUGAACUAUAUAUAUUCCUCAUCUCUGUUCGCCGAGAAAGGAAGUCUUGCUGCUGUGCAGGAACUAGGCUAUAGUCUAGGUAUCAGUUUUCUUACAAAUAUACUUUCCAAAACUCCUCAAGCACCAUUUUCUUCAUGUCCAAGCAAAAAGUCUGCUCUGCAAGAAGAAGAUGACAGUGGGUCUCAGCAAAGAAGUGUUAUAGUCUGUCAGAGCAGAAAUGAAGCACAAAGCAGGGACGUUAGUAAUUUACAAGACAAAAGCCAGGCUUCUAAACCCUCCUCUUCUAUGGGGAAGGCGAAUUCUGCUAAACAUCAUAUGCGAUCUGAUUCACUUUCCAGUUUCUUAGCUUCUGAAAGAAAGUGGCAUGGAUCUUCUAACUCUUCAGGAGAGCGAAGCAUAAGUGGUUGGUUGAAAAGAAACACUUUAUUGCAUCAGAAGACAUAUGAAGGUCUUGAUGAUGAUGAUGAUGGUGACGAUGAUGAUGAUCACCCUUCCUCUAGCAGGUCUUUGUCAAGAGGGCAUGCUUUGGAGAUCUAUAAGAAAAAAAUGGUGCCCUCAUUACUAUGCUCAUCUGAAUCCUCAUUUUCAACACCGGACAUAAAAAGAGAGAGUCCACAGAGCAAGGAAGAAGAAAGAAACCUGAUGUAUUACUCUCAGCUUGCACUGGUAGAUUCUUCUGCUGGAUCUUCAAGCCAACGAAUUGACCGAAGUGGACCGCUUGUCAAAAGUCUUCUUCGAAGAUCACUCUCUAUGGAUAGCCAGGUUCCUGCUUACUCUCAAACUGUUGACUUGCAGUCUCUUCAAGUAACAUCAGCCCUAAAAGACAACUCAAAAAGAGAUGCUUCUUGUAGCAUGUCUCACAGGCACACAUUAAAAGGAGCAGUAGAUAAAGCUAGCAUUAGAGAUGAGGGACAAGAAAAAACGGUUGAUCUCAUGAGACCGUUUACAUCAUCGCAGUCAACCGCUACAGAAAUGGGUAUUCGCAUAAAGGCUGAGCCCAGCAGUCCCGCUUCAGAACAACCAUCAGAAAUUUUUCAGAUUACUGUUGGAGAUGCUUCUCAAACAAGGAGCAGACCUCGUCCUCUUCAUCCUGAACAUGAGACUCCUUUAAAUCGACUUCCAGCUAAAAGAAGAUUUCAAGCUGAUAGAAGAAUGCUGCCUAGACGAGUAAAGAUGAAAUCAAGCAGCUCUCCGGAAUCAGAGUAUAACUUUAGGGAAGACACUACUGCCUUCGGUGACUUCUCAGAUUCCGAUGACAGCAAGGAGAUGGGUGUUGCAAUACCUGAAAUCCUGCAAAGCAAAAAGUUUAAAUGUAAACACUGCCUUAAAAUAUUUAGAUCAACUGCUGGUCUUCAUCGUCAUAUGAACAUGUACCACAAUCCUGAGAAACCAUAUUCUUGUGACAUUUGCUACAAAAGAUUUCACACAAAUUUUAAAGUGUGGACUCACUGUCAGACGCAACAUGGGAUAGUGAAGAACCCGUCGCCCGCUUCCAGUGCACAAGCCGUUUUGGAUGAAAAAUUCCAAAGGAAAUUAAUUGACAUUGUCAGAGAACGGGAAAUUAAAAAAGCGCUUAUGUUUAAGUUACGACGAGGCAAAGCAGGCUUUCCAGGAAUGGCAAGUAGUCAAGCACAAGCACUGAAGAGGUCACGGUCAAGAACCAAAACUGCUUUUACAUGCAACCAUUGUGGGAAAGCUUACCGUUUCCUGUCUCAGUUAAAGCAGCACUGCAAAAUGCAUCCAGGGGAAAAAUCCGGAUACAGCAGCAAAAACAUUAGACCUAAAGUACCUUCACCUCCAAAGAGCCCAGUGGAAAGCAAGGAGGUUUUUCACUGCCGUCUCUGCAAUGCCAAGUUAUCUUCAUUUGUUGAACAGGGAAACCACGAGCGGAUGUGUAGAAAUGCAACAUUAUGUCCGUAUUGUAGUCUUCGAUUUUCUACUCCAGAACUCAAAAACGAACAUGAACCAAAGUGUGAGUACAAGAAGCUCACAUGUCUUGAGUGCAUGAGAACAUUUAAAUCUUCUUUUAGUAUUUGGCGUCAUCAGGUGGAAGUCCACAACCAAAACACAAUGACUCCAACAGAAAAUUUCUCAUUGCCUUUGCUCGAUCACAAUGGCGAGAUUAGCAAUCCACCAAGGCUCCACUCUCUGUCUGAAUCCAGUAAGGGGAAUAACAAUAUAGACGACGGCGAAUACAGUGAUUCUUCAGAACAUAUGAACUUUGAUUCAGAGGAUUCAAACUGCCUCCCUGAAGAUCUUAGCAUUUCAAAACCAUUCAGCAUGAAGAUCAAGGAAGAACCUGUAGAUGACAUGGACGAUAGCUCUGAAGCUCACUAUGACCAUAAAGAAGACCUGUCUGGCUCGGAGCGCGGCAUGUGGUCUUGUGAAAAAUGUGGGAAAAUGUUUACAGUUUUCAAGCAACUAGAGCGCCAUCAAGAACUACUGUGCUCCGUCAAACCUUUCAUUUGUCAUGUAUGCAACAAAGCCUUCAGGACAAACUUUCGCCUUUGGAGUCACUUUCAAUCCCACAUGGGCCCAGGAGAAGAUUCUUUCAAAGAAACAGAAGCUUGCGCUCCCAUGAGCUCCCCAUCCCCUCCACCAACCCCGCUGCCACAGCCACCGCCUCUCCCACCUAAAAUAGAGCCCAUAGAACCAGAACGAGGCACCAUUUUUCCAGAGAAAUCAAAUGCUACAGAAAAAGUGUUUGCUCCUCAAGAAUCGGACACACUCUUCUACCAUGCCCCACCUCUCUCAGCCAUCACCUUUAAACGACAGUUCAUGUGUAAACUGUGUCACAGGACCUUUAAAACUGCAUUCAGUCUGUGGAGUCACGAGCAGACACACAACUGAAUCUCUGGUGCUGGAUUAAAGUCUCUUUCUUUACUGUGCCGAUAAUUCCUUUCAAGAAGUCAACAGUAGAAAACGCCCGAAGAAUUUGCCCUUUCUAUUGGUGUUAUUGCUAGAUGACUAUAAACGGUGUGCAGUAAGAUGGUCUGAAUUUUGUUCAUUAAUUAAACCCUUAAUCCACACUGGACUCUUUUGACCUGUUUCAUAUGCAUGUGAUUCUUGACCAUCCCAGUCACACAGAAAGUUUGAAGUUCCUUCCUCUUUUGUUGGUGGAAAAGAUUUCAGUUUGACGUUAUUGGAAACUUCUCAUCCUCCUGUCAUUUUUAGUGGGACUAAAUAGAUUGACUAACUGCUUACAGUAAAUAAUAAUGUGAUUUUGUAUUUUUAGGUAUCUUCUUUUAGCAAUAAUCAAUAUAAGAACCUCAACUUAAUAUGACACAAACUUGGUAAAUUUUUGUUGUUGUCCAGGCACAGGGUGGAUUGAUACUGCGCUAGCUAAGUAGAUAAGCGUUGAUUUUUACAAAUUCAAAUAACAAAAAAUAAAAUAGCGGAAUAUAGCUGAACCAAACAUCAUUGUAACUGACCACUGCAUUGACGUGGUUCCACUUUAUUCAAGUUCUCUGCAUUUGUGAUAAAUACAAGUUUCCUAGUUUUACUGUAAGUUUUAUUACUUAAACAGACAGACAUCUCCGACAAUCCCUGUGCAUUAAGAUAUAGCAUGUUUUUUUGGGGGGGUUUUUGUACAUUUUAAUUUUAUAUUUUUUGUUUUCUAUUUUUUCUUUUUUUUCAUUUAGUCUGGAUCUAUCGGAAAUACCCUAUUUCUUAUUCCGUUUAUUUCUGAUUCAGUUUACAGAUUAACAACAUUUUCAGUGCAUUGAGACUUCUGGCUACAUUUUUGUUAGCAGAAUAAUUUAGACUAUUAGAUUCCCGGAUCUUCAUCAGACCAGUGCUGCUGCUUUUUAUUAAAGAAUUGUCAAAACUGGAAUUCCAUUUUCUCUGUAAAUUGAAUACUCAAAACUAAAUGCAUAAAGCACAAGUUUAUGUAUCUUAGAUUUUACUAAGUACUAGUUAAAUGAAUAAAACUCGCGUUAUUGAUAAUGUACAGUAGGUGUCUGGACUUAAUAGGUGAUAGAAUUGCUUGAAAAGACAUUUUUCUGUCUUUUUUUUUUUUUUUUAUAUAAUUGCAUAAGGAGAGUUUGAAAUAAUUAUUUUUUAUUCUAGUGUAUUUAAUACUUUGGGUUAAAUGCAAUAGCCAGAGAGAAACCGGAAGUGUGGGAUUUUGUGCGAGGCUGGCUGGAUUUUUAAAGUGGAAAUAAUUUACACGGCAAAAAUAUGUAAAUGAUUGGCGCUUUAAAAAUCGAGCCAUACUCCUGCUUCUCGCAGGCUAUUACAUUACAUUUACAAGUCUGUAGGUGGCUGCAGUUUUGAGAUGAGAUGCCUGAAAAUUGAUGCAUUCAUUCAUUUGUUGGUUAAACCUACCUACUACAUUAUCUCUGAGCAAUUACUUAUAGUGCACCAUCUUUGUUGUCAUUUUAUUGUUUGUAUGUAGGGGAAUAUGGCCCAUGGCUGUAAUAACACAGACAUACAUAAAUUAUAUAAAUAAUAUGGGAUGCAGUUAUGUCACAAUACCGAUGCCUACAUCCCGCCCCGUCAAAAACCUGACAGUCGGCAUGCCAAGUAACAGGGACUGUUCCCACCCUUAGAGUGGGAAUAGAACCUGUUGCGAGCACAGCUUGCCACCGAGCCCGCAAGUGUCUUAGUUGCGCUCGUCCCGGCCUUACCAACCCCCCCCCCCGAGAUCACGCCAUCUGUAUGGUGACCGGCGGGAUCCCAAGUGCCGGUCACCCAUACCCAACCCUUUUUUCAGGUUACUGCAUUUACAAACAAUAUUUUGACACAAAGCAUAGUGCUUUAUUCCGAUAUUAUAUCUUAUAAAACAACCUAGAGCAACAAUAAAACUAUAUUGAACAUUCUGUAUAUGUUCCAAAAUGGCAACUUGCCCAUUUCUGUCAAAGAAUGAUACAAGCCAACAGGGCGCAUCAUUUGGACUUUUAUUUAUUGAAAACGUAUUGCAUAUUAUUUAAUUCAUCUAUAGGAGAGAUUUACUGUGCUAUAUUAUUUUUUUCUUAGUAUUUGCAAAAUUAGUGAGUAUUAUUUUUUAAAUGUUACGAUAUUUUUCAUUCUCUAGAAAGAAUGAUUAGAAAAGAAAUAAGUAGUAGCGAUGGGGUAGAUUUACUAAAGAGCAGUUUCUUAAAGUCGCCGAUCUUCCUCUGCUUUGACCGAUCGUUUUAGAAUGGCAAUAGGAAUAAAUGAUAAACAAGGCUAGUUUAGCCGUUAUUGCCGUUCUAACAGUGCAUCUGCCAAAGCCUCCGAUGAGUGUUGUCUUUGACAACCCGGCCCUUAGUAAGUCUCUUAGAUUCUGAACAUUUGUUUUCUCAAUUGUAUGAAGCCUACCGUGUAUGCAUUGUACCAUCUCUGUAAUUGAAUCCUUCAAAUUAUCGGGUCAACUGUCUUGUAUCACAAAAAAACUGCCUUUUAUUUGAUAGGUGACUUUGUAUUUUCAGUUGAACCUCACUGACCUAUGGUUUCAGAUAAUCCGUCACCGUUAUGAGGGAAAUAAUACAUUCUACAGUUCAAUGCACGCAAAGUAUGAUUUGCGUAUAUGUAUCCUUUCUUUUUCUUUUUCUUCACUAUAAUUUACUUGUCAUUGGCUUAAAGCCGUGAUGGCAUCCUGAAGACUUCUAGGGCCGGAUGUGUGGCCUCCUCGCCUACACUCAAUUCCAGCAAUAGAUAAAUAAUACAUUUAACCAAAUAUACCAGGGGGUGAAAUUCUGGCAAAUUUGCCCCAUUUUUUUUUUUAAGUGUUCAUCAUUUAGAAGUCAAAACCCAGCUGGUUUUGCCUUUUAAACGAUUGCUACUUUAAUACAUUGGGCAGACCGGAUGGUGUGUGGCCUAUGCCUGCAGGUCAGUCUUAUUACAUUUUCCCUCAUAUGUUCUUCAAAUAGAUUCUACAUGUACACAAAAGCACACUUGGGAUACUCUUAUGCCAUUCAAACACCCCACACACCACACAAAACACUCCUUAGAUACCUUGCCCACCACACACAAUGCCCACUCAUUGAAAACACCCACACAUGCCAUUUAGAAUACAUCAUCCAAUUGCCCUAAAACACUACUACAGUAGUUUAAUUGCAGUUAUAUAUAUUAACCAUUCACGCCUCUAAUUACACAGUGGUCUGCCUGUUACUUCGAAUGGUUUAAAGGGAAAUGUUACCUGCCUUUCACAUACUUUUGCUUUAUUUCCUCUGGCCUUAGGUACUUCAGAUCAGGUAUGUAGACACCAUUAUACCCCAUGUCCGGAACAAGUCUAGGAUAUUUCGACCACGAUUAAGAAACUUGCGAAUUCCGUUUUGUGCAACGCAGAAAUUUGAAUGUUAUGGGCACACCUAAUUCCUAAUACACAAUUACGCUAUGUACUAUAGAUUACUACCGAUUACAUUAGUGACCUAUAGUUUGACAUUAUGUUAUUAGUAGGCAAAAUUGUCAUCAAAGUCUCAGAAGAGAAAGGAGGUAGCAAUAUGAAAACACCUAAAGUGACACCUUAACAACAUGAAUCAAAACUCCCAAUCAAUAUCUACCAUAAGUUUGUGUUUAAUGCAUAGUAGCAACAAAUUAUGUGUAUUUAAUAUCUUCUUUUGUCACUUGCAUCCAUCUAUGUAGUUAUCCCCCCCCCUUCUCUCCUCCACAACACACCCUGCAAGGCAGAUCUGGUAUCCAGUCUCUAGGUCGACCACUAUUGGUUAACAGUAGGUUGACAUGGACUAGGUCGACAAAACAAAAGGUCAACAUGAGUUUUUCAAAAAGGUGCAAAAACUGAUGUCGACCUUCUGUCAUGUCGACAUAGGGUGCCUGUUGACCUACUUACUAUCAGAUCUGAUGGGACAAUAUUACAAGUGGUCAGUAGGCCAACUUGAUAUCAAAGUCCAAAAAGACAACAAAGCUAGUAAUAUAAAAACACCUUUAAGUGACGACUUAAUAACAGAUCAAGACUCACAAUGUUGGUACUUCUCUAACCAACAAAAAUUAGCUAUAGCAAAUGGUCAUGGAGAGUCCUUGUGUUUUUGCAGACCUUUUAUUAGUGAUCUAGUAGUUUUGUUUUAGACAAAGUACAAAAUAUAGGAUCGCCCUUGACGUGACACAAUAAUCUCCCAAAUCUUUGUUACUAGCAAUAAAUAAUUUGUAGUUCAUAUUGAUUCUCUCCAGUUAAAGAGGUUGUAUUCUGACAUAAGAGCUGAAGAGGCCAGCAUGUGAUUUUCUUUUUCACUGGCGUACAUCUAUGUAGCCCCCCAGCACCAACCCACCUAACAGAGCCUUCCUUUUGAGUAUAUCCUGGGCCGAUUGCUGUGCCAUCUAUGAACUUAGGCUUAGUAUAAAACCAAUUUAGAAUACUGAUAGUUAGACAGUCUUAGACUAAUGGAAUGACCUUGUGAUUUGGCCUUUUUUCCUCUUUGUAUACUUACAACUGCUGCCAUCUGCUGGUAAUAGUUUACUUUUUACCAUAUUAUUUUAUGGGUAUGCAGCAACAUAUUUGUAAUGGUCCCUUACAAUUUAAACAUACGUUUUUUUAAGUGAGCAUUCCAAAAAAACACACACACACACAAAAAAAAGCACAUGCAUUUUUGAAUAUAUAUAUAUAUAUAUAUAUAUAUAUAUAUAAUUUUUUUUUUUUUUUACAAGAGCUCUAUCCAGCUGAAUGGAUGGGAGCAUGCCUUAUCUGGGGAAUAAUGCAGAAUAUAGUGUUGGAGUAAAGCAAGUGUGUUGUGCUACCAAUGUGAUAAUGUGACCUGUGCCCUAGAAAUUACUGUGUUCUAGCUUUCCUGAGAAUUUCUGCUCAAAGUGCAAAUGACUGUUGCCUAUGAAACUCUAUGAACACAGAAAUAAUUUUUCUAAUGUGUUAUGUCUAAUAGUCAAUGCACAAUUUUAUAUCUGUCCAUACACACACACACACACACACACACACACACUGCCAAACCUGCAAGAACAGUCUGUUUGGUGCUAGAACAAAUGAGCGGGUCUGACGGGUCACUGUUAAUGUGGUCAGAUAAUGAUCCCAAAUAUAAAAUUGGUACUGGCCGACAUAUUAGGGAAUCCAAUCCAAUACAAUCUUGAUUGGAAUCUGGUCCUUUUGGGCCUAUGUGUUAUUUGGUUUGCAUCAUAUUAAGUCUUUAGCUGCGUCAUUGGCCAUCAAAAUCUCAUUGUGUUAUGGGUACUUUACCGUCUAGCCAGACACAUGCCUUUAUGGCACAAAAACUAUUUAUAGGGGACAUACAACCUGUUACGACAUUCACUGUACAUCAGACUGGUUUUUGCCAUUGAAUUAUUUUAUUUUUGUAAUUUUUUUUUUUUUUAAACUUUUACAUGAUUUUUUCGUAUUGAAGUUUCAAAAGAUUUCCACACCUAUUUUAUGGGGGUCAAAUGAAUGGAUAUAAAAAUGUAUAUUUUGGCCAAAAAUGAAAUUUACAAGUUUUUUUUUUUAUUAUUUAAUAUUGAUUGUUGUAUAAUGGCACUCUGGAACUUUAUUCAUACUCUGGCAUGUAAAGCAAAAUCAAAUGUUAAUUCAAUAUAAAAAAAACAUUAAGCACCUUGACUGAAUUUGAUUUGGAAGAUUGCUUUAAACAUGGCACCCAUCAAUAUGAAACUAAUGUCAAGAUCUGCACAUUUGCAAGUAUAAUUGUGGAUUUUACAAAGUGUUCUUGAAAAGAACACUAUAAAAAAUAUUUAUUUUAAAACUAAAGAUCUAAUUUAGAGCUUACGCUUCAACAGCAACAAAAUCUGAGGUAUAAUGUGAUUGUAUUGAUUCUAUAUAAUCAUUUUUCUGUGGUUAUACAAAUGCAUGGAAGUUACAGGUAAGCUUAAUAACAAGUAUGCAGAGAAAUAAGCAUAGUAGAAGUUUUUACAAAAGUAUUCAAAAAUAUUUAAGAAUUUAAUAUCUGAAUUCAAGCCCAGUUAGGUUCAAACGAAUAAUGCAUCUAUUUACAUGCUAGAAAUACAUUUAAAUAGAUUUUAAUCCAUUACAGUACUGGGUGGCAACUGUUGGGAACAAAAGAAAAUCUAAUUCAAACUACAAAUUUUUGAUACAAAAAGUUUUAUAGUUCUAUCGAUUAAGCUCUUGUUUUCUAAAUGGAAAAAAAAGUAUUUACCUUUUAAACUCAAACUGGUGUUUAAAACGUACUAGCAGUUCUUAUUAUUGUGCUUGAAUAUUACAUUUAAAGUUGUUGUUUUUCUUCAUCAGAUGGUAAAAUAAAAUAGGCACAGAAACUGUUUCAUCCAUAUAAAUUUACAAGUGAACACAUUUUUGUCUUUCUUUUUCUCAUUUAGGGAGAUAUUUAAUUAGCCCCAAAAAUAUUUUUUACUUUUUCGUCUUUUUCAGGGAAUGGGUAUUUAAUUAUUCCUCCUCUUUGUUUUUUGUUUUUUUGCAUCUGAAAAUGUAUUUAUUUUUUCCAUUUUUGGGCAAAAACACAUAAGAUCCUGGAUGAGUUCCCGGAUCUAUAUGUUUUUGCGAUCGUGAAAAUGGGGCAUUUUGUUGGAGAUUUAUUUAUUUAUUGCCUUCCCCAGGCAGUUGACAAAUUAAUCCACGAUGGGUGCCGUCUUUGGGACUACAUGGAUAGCCACGGGCGGGUCAAUAAAUUGCAGUAAAUUUAUGUUGCUAAUUGAAUAUGCCCCUAAUGUUUAUUUUUUUUUAUUUUUUAGAAUUUAAUUCUUGAUAAAACAUUGCAGAAGAAGAACGCUAUAGAAUAGAAAGUAUUUGAAACCAAUUACUAGAGUAUUCGCAUUACAAGUCCUCCUUAUUUACUUGUCAUAUUGCUAUGAUACAUUACAACAUGGAAGACGUGUCUCAUAGGAUGAUGUGAAUUUACAUAGGUUCAGUUUAUUUUGGUUAUGCUCCAUACUGACAGUACAGUGAGAAGAGGCAUGUCUAGUUACACAGAGCCCAUGUUUUUGGUCCGUGUAUAAUUAAAUCCACUGUAUCAAUUGUAAAAAGUUUUGCUGCAGUUAUACUUUGUUUUAAUUAUCCAAAUAUAGUUAUGCUGCUUAUCUUUGUCUACUGUAUUUAUUCUGCAACCUGUUUAGUUGUUUAAAAGAGAUAUUAUGCUGCAAUUAAUUAAUUCGAUUUUUAAGUAUUUACAUUCAUAAUAAUAAUAACUGAACUCCUCCAUUGGGACUCACACGGACAAGCGGUUUUACACCCUCCUAUAUAGUAUGUUUCGCUGCAACUUGAACAAUACUCGCUGAAGUUUUUCUAAAUGCUAGAUGGAUAAAAAAAAAUGAAGCAACCAACACUCAAGUUUCUGACAGUGUUAAAAUAUUGUGAGUAUGCCUAAAGCAUUUAUCCUGAUAAUCUACGAGCCCUAUUUUAUGUAAACGCACGAUCUGUGAGCGUUGCAGAUAGAUGGUUCUAACACUGAGUACAUGCCUUAAGUGUGUAAUUUGUGAUUCUAUAUAUUCCGAUACUGCUAUUAGCACAGUACAUCAGCACAUCUGAUUUAUAAAUCGAUUUUUACUUUUGUCAGAAAAGAUACAUCCUAAUGUAGACAGAAUCUUUAUCCUGUCCUGUAAUGUUAUUUGUUAUAAUUAUUUUCUACUGGUAGUUUUUUUUUUUUUUCUUUACUAUGCUGUUGACCAACAAAUGUUGAAUCUAAUAAAGUUACAAUUUUUUUUUUUCUUUUGAAUUUGUGAAUGCAUAUUCCUUCAAAAUUA